UCCCCAUUCCAAAUUCUUGGAUCACAUUCAAUUCAACAAACACGAAUCCCACUACACUCCCAACAUUUCUUCUUAAUCAAACUCAUAAAAAAAAUCCCAAAAAGUUUCAAGCGACGACAUGAUUGCAUCAGAUGUUUAACCGAGAGCAUGGUGGUGGCAUACGUGCUGAAUCAGCCCCAUGAAUUCAUAACACACAACCAAACUUAUCCAAAAAUCCCAGAAACCGAUCACCACUCUAAUCAAAAGGAGCACGAAUGCAUCUCCCUGAUCAAGAAAUGCAAGAAUUUGGAUGAAUUCAAGCAAAUCCAUGGCCAUGUCUUCAAGCUUGGGCUCCUCUGGAGCAGCUCAUUCUGCGCCAGCAAUCUCAUCUCAACAUGUGCCCUGUCACAGUGGGGAAGCAUGGACUACGCCUGCUCGAUUUUCGACCAACUCGACGAUCCAUGCUCAUUCGACUUCAACACCAUCAUCAGAGGCCACACCAUGGAGAUGAGCUCGGACCAGGCAUUGCUUGCCUAUCUUGACAUGCUCGAGAUAGGCGUGGAGCCGGACAGUUUCACAUACCCACCUCUGCUUAAGGCGUGCGCGUCUCUAUCAGCGGCCGGUGAAGGAAUGCAGAUCCAUGGACAUGUUUUUAAGCAUGGAUUGGUGGGAGAUGUGUUUGUGCACAAUAGUUUGAUCAAUAUGUAUGGGAAGUGUGGCCUUUUGAGGGAUUCUUGCGCGGUUUUCGAUCAGAUGGAGGUGAAGACUGUGGCUUCUUGGAGUGCUGUCAUUGCUGCUCAUGCUAGUUUAGGAAUGUGGGGUGAGUGUUUGAGGCUGUUUUUUUGUAUGAUUCGCGAUGGCGGGUGGAGGCCGGAGGAGAGUGUUUUGGUCAGUGUGUUGUCUGCUUGCACUCAUUUGGGGAGACUGGAUUUGGGAAGGUGCAUUCAUGGCUAUUUGGUUAGGAAUUUGAGUGGUUUGAAUGCUGCAGUUGAGACUGCUGUGGUGGAUAUGUACAUUAGAUGUGGGAGUUUGGAGAAAGGGAUGUCUCUGUUUCAAGAAAUGGUUGGUAAGAAUCAUAAGUCAUUUAGUGUGGCUAUAUCAGGGCUGGCGAGUCACGGGCGUAGUGUGGAGGCUUUGGUGGUUUUCGAGGAGAUGAUUAAGGUGGGAUUGAGGCCGGACGAUGUGGUGUAUGUUAGCGUGUUGAGUGCUUGUAGCCAUGCCGGUUUAGUUCAAGAAGGGGUGAAGUAUUUUGAGAGAAUGAGAAAAGAGCAUAGGAUCGAACCAACGGUGCAGCACUAUGGUUGUAUGGUUGAUCUGAUGGGGCGAGCCGGGUUGGUAGAUGAGGCUCAUGAGCUCAUCAAGGGGAUGCCUAUGGCUCCUAAUGACGUCGUGUGGCGUAGCCUUCUCAGCGCGUGCAAGAUCCAUCAGAAUCUUGAAUUAGGGGAGGUGGCAGCUGAGAGAUUGAUGGAGCUCAAUGGAAAAAAUGCAGUGGAUUAUCUGAUGUUGUGUAGUAUCUAUGCACAAGCCGGGAGGUGGGAGGAUGUGUCGCUGGGUUGGGUUAGGAUGGGUCGUGUGGGAGUAGGCAAGGAGGCUGGGACGAGCGCUGUUUUGGUGGGGGGGAAGCUGCAUAGGUUUGUGUCCAACGACGCGUUGCAUCAUCCUCUGCGGGGGGAGAUACGUGAGAUGGUACACCAGAUGGAGUGGCAGCUGAGGUUCGAGGGGUACGAGGCGGAUACGUCGCAGGUGGUGAUGAAUGUGGGGGAAGAGGAGAAGAGGGAGAGGCUGAGGGGACAUAGCCAGAAGCUGGCUAUUGCUUUUGCAUUGGUUAGUACUUCAAAAGGGAGUGUUGUGAGGAUUGUGAGGAAUGUGAGGAUGUGUAGUGAUUGUCACACUUAUACUAAGAUGAUAUCUGUGAUUUAUGAGAGGCAUAUCAUAGUUAGGGAUGGGAAUGUGUACCAUCAUUUCAAACAUGGGACUUGUUCUUGUAGAGAUUAUUGGUAAAUUUUGAUGUCUUUUUUUUUUUAUGCAUACUUACUAGUUAGUUAAGUGUCGUUUGAGUUGUUUUCAAAUAUUUUCUGAAUAAUAUAGCAUGCCGCCUCCUCGUCUUGCCGGGGACGAUCUCAA